AUGAAGAAUCUUCAUAUCCUAACAUCACUCAUUUUUCCUACCCUAUUUCUUUUCUCAUGCUCUGUAUCUCUUGUGCUAUCUUUUUCCCCUCCUUAUACUGAUCUCCAAAACCAGUGCCUUGAUGACCAAAAAUCUGCUCUACUGCAACUGCACCACGAUCUUUACCAUGCCCCAAAUUUUACUUUCUCAUCCAAAGUUGAGCUUUGGGAUCCCAACACUGAUUGUUGCUCUUGGAAAGGAAUUACAUGUGAUGCUUUGGGUCAUGUGAUUGGACUUGAUCUUAGCUACAAAAACCUUUCAGGCAGCUUUCACUCCAUUUUCAAUCUCCAUCAUCUUCAACGCCUUAAUCUUGCUGGAAACAAUUUUCAUGCCACUCUGUUUCAAUAUGAGUUUGACAGACUCCUAAAUUUAACUGAUCUCAACCUUUCAAACUCAUGUUUCCUUGGCCAAAUUCCAGCGGGGAUUUCAUACUUAACAAGGUUAGUCUCUCUUGAUCUAUCUAAUCAAGAUUCUUGCUAUCAACAGCAUAACCAAAUUCUCCAUCCAUACGACGACUUCCUCCACUACUAUCCACUGCCUUUUGACCUUCAAUACUACUAUCCACUGCCUUUUGACCUUCAACAACUUCUUAAACUAGAAAACCCAAACUUUAAGACAUUGAUCCAAAAUUUAAGUUCUCUUACGGAGCUUUACUUGGAUAGUGUGAACAUUUCAACUCAAAGUACUAAAUGGUGUGAAGCCACAUCUACAGCACUUCCUAACCUGCAUGUGUUAAGUUUGUCGAAUUGUGGUUUGACAGGUCCAUUUUGUUCUUCACUCUCAAGACUUCCUUCUCUUUCUAAACUUUUCCUUGGUGGGAAUUCAAUCUCUUAUUUGCCUCCCAAUUUCUUGAAAAUUUUUUCUCGUUUGAAUUCUCUCAGUUUAGCGAAUUGUAAUUUGAGUGGGCAUUUUCCAACAGAAGUUUUCUUAUUGCCAAAAAUACAAAGCAUUGACAUUUCAGAAAAUGACAAUCUUGAAGGUCAGUUGCCAGAAUUUUCAUUAAACAAUGCUUUACGAGUCUUAAAGAUUUCUUCUACAAAUUUCAGUGGAAAACUGCCAGAAUCAAUUGGUAAUCUCAAGUUCUUGACAACUUUAGAUCUCCAUAGUUGUAAGUUCUUUGGACAUAUUCCAUCAUCAAUUGCAAAUCUUACUAACCUUGUGAAACUGGAUCUAUUCAAUAACAAUUUCAGUGGUUUUAUCCCUAGAUUUCAUAGAUCUGGAGUUCCAAAUCUCUCAUAUCUUUGUUUGUCGAUGAACCACCUCUCUGGCUCAAUUCCUUCUUCUUUAUUUACUCUCCCAUCAUUGCAUACCCUGUUUCUUUUUGGAAAUCAAUUGAUUGGUGAAAUUGGUGAGUUCCCUAAUGCAUCUUCUUCAUUGAUUGAAGCACUGUAUUUAGGCUACAAUAGCUUUAGCUCCAUGAAGCUUGAGAUGUUCUUCCAACUCAAGAACUUAAGGGUUCUUGAGCUUUCCAAUACGAGCUUAUCAAUUGAAAGCAACAUCACAAGCCCUGCUUUUCCCCAAUUAGAGGAGCUAUACCUAAAUUCAUGCAACCUUACGGAAUUUCCAGAAUUUAUCAAAACACAAGACAAGUUGGCUUUUCUAGGUCUUUCUAACAACCAAAUCCAUGGUUUUGUGCCUAAUUGGUUAUGGAAGACCACUCUUUUAGGGUUAGACCUUUCCUUCCAUGCGAUUGAUUUUUCAAAAGAGUUUCCUUCUGGUGACGCAAACUCCUCAUUUCCAAUGUUUAGUAUUUUGAUUUUGCAAUUCUGUAACCUAAGUAUGUUUCCAGAGUUUUUAAAGAGUCAAAAUAGUUUAGAAUAUCUUGACCUUUCAAAUAACAAAAUAAGUGGUGCAGUACCAAACUGGGUCUGGAAGAAAAGUUUGUGGAAUCUAGAUCUUUCUAACAAUUCUCUCUCAUCUUUGGACCAAUUUUCACUAAACCAGUCUCUAACUUCUUCACAUGGCUCUUUAUCAAGACCUAUUUGCAAUUUGAGUCAACUUGAGAUCUUUAAUGCAUCCUUUAACAAAUUAAACGGGCCAAUCCCAAGCUGCUUGGGCAAUAUCAGUUCUCUCAGCUCUUUGGAUUUACAAAAAAAUAAUUUCAGCGGCAGCAUACCAGAUUUUGCAAAAGCAACCCAAUUAUAUUGGCUUCAACUCAAUGAUAAUAAAUUGGAAGGGAAGUUGUCAAGGUCAUUAGCCAAUUGCACAAUGCUCCAAGUUUUAAACCUUGGAAACAAUACUCUGCAUGACACAUUCCCUUUGUGGUUGGGAAAAUUGCCUGCGUUGAUGGUCCUUGUAUUGCAAGCAAAUAGGUUUUAUGGUCCAAUUAAACAUGUGAAAAAUUGUUUUCAAGACUUGGAUGUACUAGACAUUGCUUUCAAUAAUUUUUCUGGUCAAUUACCAAUUGAAUUCUUUCAAGCCCCUCAACUAAGGUCACUCAAAAUUGGUGAGAAUAAACUGGAAGGAAAGUUGCCGAGGUCAUUAGCCUAUUGCAGAAAGCUUGAAGUUUUGGAUGUUGGAAAAAAUAUGAUACAAGACACAUUUCCUUUUUGGUUGGUGAAAUUGCCUUCUUUAAAGGUUCUUGUACUAAGAGCAAAUAGAUUUUAUGGUCCAAUUAAAAUUUCUGAUGACGAAAAUGCUUUCCCAGAAUUACACAUAUUGGACCUUGCUUCCAAUAACUUUUCAGGUGAGUUAUCUGUUGGAUUUUUUCAAUCUUUGAAGGCCAUGAAGUCGAUGGCUGAUGGCAACAAAGCCAAGCCAGAUUACAUUGGAGACAAGUACUACCAGGACUCUAUGACAAUUUUUCCAUGGGAGAAUACCGGAGGAAAUACAAAACCUCAAGUCACUCGAAGCCCUAAACUUCUCCUACAACAGCUUCCUUGGCCCAAUCCCUUCAGCACUUGGAAACUUAACUGA